AUGUCUCAAGUCGCCGCCGUCAGCUUCGGCGCAGAACUCAAGGACGGCUAUAAGCCGGUCGAUAACUGGGUCAGUCUCGGAAUCACCUGGCUCACCGAGAUCCAAGAAUUCUAUGAGGAACGCUCCGCCAUCGAGAAGGAAUACAGUCAGAAGUUGACGGCGUUGGCGAAAAAAUACUAUGACAAGAAAGCGAAGAGAUCGAGCAACCUGAGCGUCGGGGACAGCCCUGCUCUCACGCCGGGAUCCUUGGAGUCAGCCUCUCUCACAACAUGGACGACCCAACUGUCCACUUUGGAGGCGCGCGCCAAUGAACAUGGCAAGUUUGCACAAGACCUGAUCAGUCAGGUAGCCACACCAUUGGAGUACAACACCCGGAAGUUGGAAGAGCUACGGAAGAGCCAUGCAGAAUACCAGCUCAAAUUGGUCAAGGAGCGGGACUCGUCCUACGGCGACUUGAAGAAAUUGAAGGCCAGAUAUGACACUGUCUGUCAAGAAGUCGAGAACCGCCGGAAGAAGGCCGAAUCCUCCUUUGACAAGGCCAAAGCUCAAAGUGCGUACAGCCAGCAACUGGCAGAAAUGAACAACGCCAAAAAUACGUACCUGAUCGGUAUCAACGUGACAAACAAGCUGAAAGAAUGCUACUAUCACGACUACGUUCCGGACCUCCUUGACUCCCUGCAGGACUUGAACGAGACCCGUGUGGCUAAAUUGAACAGCCUCUGGCUACUUGCUUCGGCGCUCGAGGCCAACACGUUAAAGCGGAGUACCGAUCACAUGUCCCACCUGUCGGCCGAGAUCCCCAGAAACGAUCCGAGGCUCGACAGCAAUAUGUUUGUCCGGCACAAUGCUGUGCAAUGGCAGGAGCCUCCUCAUCUGGUGUUUGAACCGUCUCCGGUCUGGCUGGAUGCCGACAACAUGAUGACCGACGAAACCUCCAAAAUAUUCCUUCGCAAUAUCCUCCAGAAGAGUAAGCCCUUGAUCAAUCAACUCAAAGCCGCAUCUGAACAGAAGAGACGCGAAUUGGAAAAUGUGAAGAAGGCCCGUGAGAACAUCCGAGCAGGGAAGGAUCGGCGCGACGAAGUUGAUUGCGUCCGAUCGCAGUUCACCGUACAAGAGGAACUCCAUGCCAUCGAUCGCCAGCGCUUGACGGCCGAAGUUGAAACCUCGACAAUCACCUCGGUCGUCGGAGAUCUCAGCAUGUAUGGAAAAAGCCACACGUUCAAAUCCGAGACGUUCAAAAUCCCCACCAACUGCGAUCUAUGCGGCGAUCGGAUUUGGGGUCUGAGUGCCAAAGGAUUCAUUUGCACAGACUGCGGCUUUACAUGCCACAGUAAGUGCCAUAUGAAGGUGCCGGCGGACUGCCCAGGGGAGCAGACGAAGGAGGAGAAAAAGAAGUUGAAGGCUGAACGACAAGCCGCUGCAAUAGCGGCGGCAGAAACGCCAGCAUCGAAUGGUGCAAACAUUCCUCCGUCCCUGACAAGACAAGAUACCAUGAGCAGUCUCUCGUCUGGCUAUGCUGCCAGUGGGACACGAUCGCUGUCAGGUAACAUACCCAGAUCCACAACGCAAGACGACGCGCCCGCUCUGGGCGCGGGCGCAGGCACGACGACGUCCGGUGGCAUGAGGCGGAACCGCAUAGUCGCGCCUCCCCCAGCCACAUUUGUGAGUGCUCUUGUCGGCUCGGGUACCAAUGGAAGCAGCCAACCACGGGCAAAGAUGCUCUAUCCCUACGACGCCAGGGACGAAGGUGAGAUAACACUCUCGGAAGGGACCGAAGUGAAGAUCUUAGAACCUGACGAUGGCGGAUGGACCAAAGUACAAGCCGGCUUUGGCAAAGAAGGCCUCGUGCCUACAGCCUACCUCGAAGAGCUUCCCACGACGGCAACCACUCCGGCGUAUGAGCGGCCACCAUCAUUGGCGUCCACUUCUAGUACUUCACUGGCGUCUUCGACUGUCGCGGGUGCGACCAAGAAGAAACAGGGUCCGGCUGUGGCGCCUAAGCGUGGGGCGAAGAAAUUGAAGUAUGUCGAGGCAUUGUACCCGUACAAUGCCCAAAGCGAUGCCGAGUUCGACAUGUCCGAGGGCGAAAGGUUUGUCCUGGUCAGCAUGGGAACAGGAGAUGGCUGGGCCGAAGUGGAGAAGAACGGUGAGACGCGUUGUGUACCUGCGAAUUAUAUCCAGGAGGUUUGA